CACGUGACCCGGACGGGCGGAAGCGGAAGUGCCUGCCGGGAUCCCGCGUUAGGUGGGUGUCCCCUCGGCGCUGGCCAGCCGCCGCCUGCACCAGCCAUGGACUGCUACACUGCAAACUGGAACCCGCUCGGGGACUCGGCCUUUUACCGGAAGUAUGAGCUGUACAGCAUGGACUGGGACCUACAGGAGGAGCUGAGGGACUGCCUGGUGGCUGCUGCGUCCUAUGGGGGCCCCAUUGCACUGCUGAGGAACCCCUGGAAGAAGGAGAAGGCUGCCAGCAUAAGGCCGGUUCUCGAGAUCUACUCAGCUUCCGGCGUGCCUCUGGCCAGUCUGCUGUGGAAGAGUGGGCCCGUGGUGUCACUGGGCUGGUCGGCCGAGGAGGAGCUGCUCUGCGUUCAGGAAGAUGGUGUGGUGCUGGUUUAUGGUCUCCAUGGUGACUUCCGGAGACACUUCAGCAUGGGCAACGAGGUGCUCCAGAACCGGGUCCUAGAUGCCCGGAUCUUCCAUACUGAGUUUGGUUCUGGGGUGGCCAUCCUCACAGGGGCCCACCGCUUCACCCUCAGUGCCAACGUGGGGGACCUCAAACUCCGCCGGAUGCCAGAGGUGCCAGGUCUGCAGAGUGCACCGUCAUGCUGGACCACGCUGUGCCAGGACCGAGUGGCACACAUUCUUCUGGCUGUAGGACCUGAUCUUUACCUCCUGGACCACGCAGCCUGCUCUGCAGUGACCCUCCCUGGCCUAGCCCCAGGAGUGAGCAGCUUCCUGCAGAUGGCUGUCUCCUUCACCUACCGACACCUGGCACUCUUCACAGACACAGGCUACAUCUGGAUGGGGACAGCAUCACUCAAGGAGAAGCUGUGUGAGUUCAACUGCAACAUCCGGGCCCCCCCGAAGCAGAUGGUCUGGUGCAGCCGUCCUCGCAGCAAGGAAAGGGCUGUCGUGGUGGCCUGGGAGAGGCGGCUAAUGGUGGUGGGUGAUGCACCUGAGAGCAUCCAGUUUGUGUUGGAUGAAGACUCCUACCUGGUGCCUGAGCUGGAUGGGGUCCGCAUCUUCUCCCGCAGUACCCACGAGUUCCUGCACGAGGUUCCAGUGGCCAGCGAGGAGAUCUUUAAAAUUGCCUCGAUGGCCCCUGGAGCGCUGCUGUUGGAGGCCCAGAAGGAAUAUGAGAAAGAGAGCCAGAAGGCUGAUGAGUACCUGCGGGAGAUCCAGGAGCUGGGGCAGCUGACCCAGGCCGUGCAGCAGUGCAUCGAGGCCGCAGGACACGAGCACUGGCCAGACAUGCAGAAGAGUCUGCUCAGGGCGGCCUCGUUUGGAAAGUGUUUCCUCGACAGAUUUCCACCAGACAGCUUCGUGCGCAUGUGUCAGGACCUACGUGUGCUCAAUGCUGUUCGAGACUAUCACAUCGGGAUCCCCCUCACCUAUAGCCAAUACAAGCAGCUCACCAUCCAGGUGCUGCUGGACAGGCUUGUGUUGCGGAGGCUUUAUCCUCUGGCCAUUCAGAUAUGUGAGUACCUGCGGCUUCCUGAAGUGCAGGGCGUCAGCAGGAUCCUGGCCCACUGGGCCUGCUAUAAGGUACAGCAGAAAGACGUGUCUGACGAGGAUGUUGCGCGGGCCAUUAACCAGAAGCUGGGGGACACGCCUGGCGUGUCUUACUCAGACAUUGCCGCACGAGCCUAUGGCUGUGGCCGCACGGAACUGGCCAUCAAGCUGCUGGAGUAUGAGCCACGCUCCGGGGAGCAGGUACCCCUUCUGCUAAAGAUGAAGAGGAGCAAACUGGCACUAAGCAAGGCCAUCGAGAGUGGGGACACCGACCUGGUGUUCACGGUGCUGCUGCACCUGAAGAAUGAGCUGAAUCGAGGAGAUUUUUUCAUGACGCUUCGGAACCAGCCCAUGGCCCUGAGUCUGUACCGACAGUUCUGUAAGCAUCAGGAGCUGGAGACGCUGAAGGACCUUUACAAUCAGGAUGACAACCAUCAGGAGCUGGGCAGCUUCCACAUCCGAGCCAGCUACGCUGCAGAGGAGCGCAUUGAGGGGCGAGUCGCAGCUCUGCAGACAGCAGCCGACGCCUUCUACAAGGCCAAGAAUGAGUUUGCAGCCAAGGCCACAGAGGAUCAAAUGCGGCUCCUACGGCUGCAGCGACGCCUAGAAGACGAGCUGGGGGGCCAGUUCUUAGACCUGUCUCUACAUGACACGGUCACCACCCUCAUCCUUGGCGGCCAGAACAAGCGCGCGGAGCAGCUGGCGCGUGACUUCCGCAUCCCUGACAAGAGGCUCUGGUGGCUGAAACUGACCGCCCUGGCACAUCUGGAAGACUGGGAAGAGCUAGAGAAGUUUUCUAAGAGCAAGAAAUCACCCAUCGGCUACCUGCCCUUUGUGGAAAUCUGCAUGAAGCAACACAACAAAUACGAGGCCAAGAAGUAUGCCUCCCGUGUGGGUCCUGAGCAGAAGGUCAAGGCAUUGCUUCUCGUUGGGGAUGUGGCUCAGGCUGCAGACGUGGCCAUUGAGCACCGGAACGAGGCAGAGAUGAGCCUCGUAUUGUCCCACUGCACCGGAGCCACGGACGGGGCCACAGCCGACAAGAUUCAGCGGGCCCGGGCACAGGCCCAAAAGAAUCUAGAAGGAAGACAAAGGAGGAAACCAAAGCCCAGAGGGAAGGCAGGCCUCCCUGGAACUUCUGGCUUCCCCUCUUUAACGCCCCUAGGACUAUGCUUAAAAUGAGCGAGAGACUCAGCUUGGUAAGGUGUUUCUUUUUCUUCCCCUACCUGGUUUGUAAAUGUAAAUUUGUGAAAAUCCUGCAAGGGGAUAUAAAGCAAACUGUAAGACAACCAUGUAUUAUGCUCACCUCUUAUUAUAUCGUUCAAGAAUUUGAACAAGAUAAAACAAGGGAUAGUGCGCCUGCCCCACAAGGUCUAGGCCAUCAGCUGAAAGACAGGUUGGGGGUGACUUGGCAGUGGGGCCUGGAAUCUAAAGGCUUGUUAACUCACAUGUCUGGCAGUCGAAGCUGGUUGUUGACCUUAGUUCUGCCAGCCAGAACACCUGCAACCUGCUCCACCUCACAGCAUAGCAGCCAGGUCCCAAGGACAGCAUCCCAGGAGAGUAAAGCAGAGAGGUACUGCCUUCCCUAACCUAGUUUUGGAAGUCACACAGUAUUACACCUGUGUUUGCCAAGGCAGUCACACAGGCCUACCCCACCCAAUUCCAAGGGGAAAUAGAUUCCACCUCUUAAUAGGGAAGUAGCCAGGCUCUGGAAGAGGGUGUAGAACUGGAAAUGUGGUCAGUUUUUGGAAUCACAAUCUGGUACUACCUAUAAAUCUUCUCUCUCAGAAUCAACAGACACCUGGGGAAAGGAAAGGAGAUUCUCAAUGCUGGAGAUUGGAGGAGAAUUUUUUUUUCCUCCUCAGUCUUGGCCUCACAAUUCUUCACUGUCCUGGUAGCUCUUCCACGCCUUUAACAAAUGUUUUCUCCAGCUUUCCUAACGAAAAGAGGUUUGGUACCAUCCAGUCCUCUCUCUGGAAGGGGGGCGCUGGGCAGUGCAUUUAGAAUGUACACAAUAAAAAGCCUAUGUCCCCAAAGUAACAUACAGCGUAGUUACUCAUGUGAUAUGCGAACAUUAAACACUGUACACAUGAACUUUAAGAAAUAUGUGAGAAAUAACAAUAAUGACAUUUAUACAAAUAGUGUUUACAACUUUAUACAAAGUGUGUGUGCCUGUGGAGAAGCACUGGAAUUUUCCCUGGGAAGAGUUGUUUGAAAAUUAAAAGCAGUUUUGUAUA